AUAAUUCCCAGGAUUAGAGAAAGGCAGGGGAGGAAGUACGCGCGGGAAUCUGGAGGGGUGGUAAAAAGGAGGAAGCCUCUCGUAUUCUAAUCUUCUGAUCUGGAAGCCUCUAAGUCGGAUUGUAGUUCGGCCUUAGUGCCUCAAGGCUUUUCGUAAAAUGAUAGUCUCUUUUUUUAUUUGGUUUUCGUAAGCCAGCCUCUCCUUUGCUGGGGUUGACAGGCGCUGCCCUGCGCACGUCGGUCCCCGUCUGGGAAUGGACCGCGCGGCGCCUUUAGCCGAAUUCUGCCUGUUCUCCCUCGGCCGCUUUAGUCUCUCGCGCCCGCCUCCACCAUUGGUUACUCUCGCCUCGGGGCAGCUGGGCUCCGCCCCAUCUCCGUUCUCGCUUCCUCAUUGGCUUCUCGGUAAUAGCGCGUCACGAACGUUGCAAUUCGAUACGUUCCUAUUGGCGGGGAAGAGCCUCCCAGGAAGUUUUGAGGAAAAAGGAGGAGGGAAAAAAAAAGUUUCUCCUGGGCGGAUCGGAGAAGUCCUGAGCGGAGCGAAGGGAAGGCGAGAAAUGGCCAUGGAUGUCGCUGCGGUCGGCGGUGACUUUAGCGUCGCUUACGUGGGGCGAUAACUAAAACAUCCCCGAGGAGGCUUGAUAGCCGUUCGCUUUAGACGGCAGCAUGACGCUCCCAAGCAGCAUCAAGUUCGCUGAUUAGCCUGCUGAAGAACUAACCUCUCCUUGCAUCAUGCCUUUGCUCUGCGAAGUAGGCAAGCACAGAGCCUUCCAGCAAACUCCUCAACAACCAGAUCUUCUGAAUUUCAAGAAGGGAUGGAUGUCCAUAUUGGAUGAGCCAGGAGAGUGGACAAAGCAUUGGUUUGUGCUGACAGAUUCAAGCCUGAAGUACUACAGGGACUCCAAUGCUGAAGAGGCAGAUGAUCUAGAUGGAGAAAUUGACCUACGAACUUGCACCGAUGUGACAGAAUAUGCAGUGCAGAGGAAUUAUGGUUUCCAGAUAAAUACUAAAGAUGGUAUUUUUACAUUAUCUGCAAUGACAUCAGGAAUUCGCCGGAACUGGAUUGAAGCUCUAAGAAAGAGUAUUCGACCAGCCAGUGUGCCUGAUGUCACAAAGCUAUCUGACCACAACAAGGAAAACUCAUUCUGCAACAAUAAGUCCCCCAAGAGUUCCUUCCGAACUGAGCUGCAGCCCAACACAGGAAGUGAGGUGAUAUCCAGAGCUGGCAGCAGGAAAGCUGAAGGGCAGCAACAGGCUUUUGACUGUGUUGAAUUAUCCCCUUUACAACAGCGGUUAGCCUUAAAUCAGGGAUCCCCUCAGCGGUCAAGAGGGAGCACAAGAAGUUCAGAUGGAGCAGUCAAGCGGGAAGACUUGGAGCGGGACCUGGCCCUCCGGUCGGAAGAGAGGCGCAAGUGGUUUGAGUCUUCAGUCAGUGGGGGCCUGCAAACCGAUGGCCCAGCAGAGAAUCCUUGUCCUAAGAAACCUCUUACGGAAGCUCAGAGGAGUCGGCUAAGUGAAGACAUUGAGAAGAAGUGGCAGGAGCUGGAACGUCUGCCUCUAAAAGACUUCAAACGGGCCCCACUGAUGGUGCUGCUGAACCAGGGCAAAGGGAACCCUGAGGACGCAAGUGAAGCACUGGAGAAAGAGGUCCAAAUUCUGAGAUCACAGCUGGAGUCCCUGCGUUCCCACAGUGAGGCAAACCUCCAUAAAAAUGGGCAUAUGCCCCAAGGAUACAUUUCUCAGGAGGCUUGUGAGCGCAGUUUAGCAGAGAUGGAAAAUUCCCAUCAACAGGUCAUGACAGAAGUGCAGCGGCAUCACCAGUGGGAGAUGGAGCGGUUGCGGCAGGAAAAAGAGCGUCUUUUGUCUGAGGAGGCAGCUGCAACAGCUGCAGCAAUUGAAGCUCUGAAGAAGGCACACAGGGAAGAAAUGAACAAGGAGUUGGGCAGAACACGCAACUUUCAGAAAGGGUUUUCAGAUCCAAAUGUGCUCCAGCAACAGCAUCGGUCUGAUGUGGAGUCUCUGAAGCGGGAAUUGCAAGUGCUUUCAGAACAGUAUUCCCAGAAGUGCCUGCAGAUUGGGGGCCUGGUGCAGAAGGCAGAAGAACAGGAACAGAUGCUGCAGCGUUGUCAACAGGAGGGGAAAGAGCUGCUUCGGCAAAACCAGGAGUUGCAGAAGCGUCUUUCAGAAGAGAUUGGCCAGUUACGAGCCUUCAUUGCUGCUCGAUGCUCACGUGACGGAGCUUCACACAAUGAGAAGAGUUCUUGUGAGCUAGAGGUGCUUCUUCGAGUGAAGGAGAAUGAACUCCAAUAUCAGAAACAAGAAGUCCAGUGUCUGAGGGAUGAACUCCAUAUGAUGCAGAAGGACAAGAAGUUUGCCUCAGGGAAGUACCAUGAUAUCUACCAGGAGCUGAAUCACAUCAAGCAACGGUCAGAACGAGAAAUCGAACAUUUGAAAGAGCAUCUGCGCCUGGCCAUGGCAGCCCUAGAAGAGAAAGAGAUGCUGCACAACAAUAUCGGUUAGUUACUUUUCGGUGCACCACUUUGGAGAAGAAAGCAGCAUUCCUCUCCAGGAGCACUGGGCGAGACUUUACCAAAUAACCAUCCCAUGCAUCUGCAUCACUUGGGCAUGUUUUGGGCUGGAUCCUACUACUAGCACCUUUUUGGGACUCUAUACAUGAAAAUAAUUUUUAUAUUUUUGGGGAUGGGGUUGGGGAUAUGUUUUAAAAUCUUAUACUUAAGUUUCCCAGCAGUUAACCACAAAGGCGGACCAGAUAUUUCUCCCUAAAGUUCCUUUAGAUCUAAUUAUUCUUUCUCCCAAAUAUUUAGCUGUAUUUACAUUCAAAGUAUUUAUCUGCUUUCAGUUUUCUUCCAAAUGGAGAAACAAAAUCACACAAGCCUCAAGUUCAGGUUGUACAGUGUUGCUUCACAGUAAUCCAUGUUGGAGAUAUGCUGUGCCGAAAGAAUGUUGUAUUAGUUACAUUUGUCAGUGGAACUGGUUUUUAUGUUUAGGGUCGAUGAGUAGCAAUUGUUUUCAGAACAACGGAAGAUUUUUUUUAAAAAAAAAUGUGGGUUAAAUGUCUGUGCAUCCCAUCUCAGUCUUCCUCCCCAAAAGUUGGAUUCAACUAAUAUGUUCUCAUGGGGAGAAAUUUUACUGCUGAUGUUACCAGAGCCAAACAAUGAAGGCGGCUGAUUUUCUUUUAUUUCUGCAGAGUUAACUUAAUAAAAUCAUUGACUACA